UGAAAAUGAUAUCUUAUUUUGAUCUGAUAAAUUUAAGAACUAUUAUUAUUUAAAAAAUUAGAUAAAUUUAACUUUUAAUCUUACAUCACACACUUAUUAAAAUAUAUGAUAGGGCUAGAUGAAAAUAUA